AUGUCCAACCGACCCGCAAUAUCUUCCAUGUCUCUGGGCCGCGCCUGGGCUAACCACUCUAUGGACGAGAAAAUCGCCCAAGCUGCAGCUCACGGCUUCGAAGGACUAGAAGUCUUUUUCGAAGAUAUCGACUACCUUGCGCGAAAUUUGUCCGGAGCGCACUCUGAUAACGUCCCUUCAGCAUUUCCAUAUCAACUGGAAGCAGCAAAGAGGAUCCGCGAAAUUUGUGAUAAGCAUAGCCUUCAGGUGGUUUGCCUACAACCAUUUAUGUUUUACGGCGGAUUAAAGGAUCGGACUGAGCACCAAAAACGACUUGAUACACUCAAAGAGUGGUUCCAGCUAGUGAAGAUACUUGGGACAGACUUGAUUCAGGUUCCAACGAAUUUUCUGCCCGCCCAUGAGCUUACACCGGAUCUCGACCUAGUUGUCGAGGAUAUGAGACAACUCGCAGAUAUGGGUCUGGAACAAUCGCCUCCCGUGCGAUUUGCAUUCGAGAAUAUCGCAUGGGGUACUUAUAUCCAUACCUGGGAGAGAGCGUGGGAGGUUGUGAAGAGAGUCGAUAGGCCGAAUCUAGGUCUCUGUCUAGAUACGUUUAACAUCCUUGGCGGAAUAUGGGCAGAUCCUGCAUCACCAACUGGCAAACUCCCAGAUGCUGACCGUGCCCUUGAAGAAUCUAUAGACCGAUUAAGGCAAAAUGUUGAUUUGAACAAGGUAUUCUACGUGCAAGUUGUGGAUGCAGAACGUUUAGAGCGGCCGAUGAAUGACCAGCAUCCUCUGUGGGUUGAAACACAGCCCCCAAGGAUGACCUGGAGUCGUAACUGUCGGUUAUUUGCGUACGAAACCGACAGGGGGGCUUAUAUGCCGGUUACGAAGCUAGCAAGAGUGAUUAUUCAUGAUCUCGGAUUCGAGGGAUGGGUAUCUAUGGAAUUAUUUUCACGGUCCAUGGCAUCUCCUGACACUAAUGUUCCUUCUGAACAUGCGAAUAGAGCUGCGACAGCUUGGCGAAAACUCAAAGACGAGCUAUGUUUGUGA